AUGAAUUCUUCUCUUUCAACUUCCCCUCUCUCCAACUCGGGAGAUAACCAAACCUCAGAGAACCCACCAUUUCCAAAGGAUAUAAUCGAUAGUAUUGUGGCACGUUUACCCAUAUACCUACACCCGAUAGUCCGCCAAGUGUCCAAAGACAUCAAGAAUUUUGUGGACACCAAGAGUGUAUACACGAAACGGUUAGAAAUCUCACGCGCAGAACCUCUACUCUAUAUUUGCUUGAGAAGUCACAUAAUUAGCAAGCGAAGGGACUGGUACGAGCUUACCAAGAAGGCUUACAAUGAGAAGUUUAUCUUGCGUUCUGUUGGGCUAUUCCAUGGUAUACCCGGCCGUGAGUACUCACUUGUCACGGCCGGCUCGACGGUCUACGCAGUAGGUGGACUGCACAACAACGAACGGACGUCUGACGUGUUUAGCAUCAACGGUGUCUCUCAUGACAUUGAAGUUCUCCCCAAGAUGAAGGAGCCUCGCUUCAACUCCAAGAAUGUUGUCCUCAACCAGACUUUAUAUGUAAUAGGAGGCAGUCUUCGUGAAGAUUCUCAGAAUUGGAUGGAAGCUUUAAAACUCAAACCAGGGUUUUGGACCCACGGUGGUGAUGAAUGGGAAGAUUUACCACCUCGGCUAUCGAGGGGAAUGCUAUGUUUACGACAUUAA